AUGUCUGUGGUAGGGUCUCUCAUAUUUUGCACACAUUGUGGUAACCUUCUCGACAACCCUUCCGCUGUGCAAGACUCCAGGAUCCAGUGUGCACAGUGCGGAGCUACUUACGACAAAUCCAAGUUUUCCGAUCUGCGGGUCGUGACGCGGACCGCGGACGACGCGUUUCCAUCGAAGCUGAAGUCCAAGCGCUCUGUUGUGAAAACCUCGCUCAAGAAGGACGAGCUCGAAGAAGGCGCUACCAUUCGCGAAAAGUGUCCCAAGUGUGGCAACGACGAGAUGCACUACCAUACUUUGCAGUUGCGGUCUGCGGACGAAGGUGCCACUGUCUUCUAUACCUGCACCUCCUGUGGCUAUCGCUUCAGAACCAACAAUUGA